AUGCGCACUCGCCAUCCCCGCAUACCAAAUGUCAACCUCACGAAGCCCUCGCUCCAGCUCACCCCUACACGUUCCUUGGUGCAAGUCGCUGCAUCAGAAGCCCGCCGCUUUCCGGUUGCCACGCUGAAAACGCCGAUUCUCUUCUUCACGCCUACAACUUUCAGAUUCGGCAGACGAAAUACGCCAACCGUCUCGAACAUACGUGACCGCUUCCUCGCAAAUAUGCCCGAGACUAGCGUUCAGCAUGUAGACCCUCAGAAGCUGGGGAGGAUCACGUUCCAGAAAUCGGAAGACUUGAUCGAUGAAUGGGAAAUACAAUACGACGACGCAGAGGGUAGUGCUGAUGCUGGAACGCUGAAACAGGCAGCCCAUGAGCUUAUGAGCACGAAUACCCCCGUCGCGUUUCCCACAGAGACUGUAUAUGGACUCGGCGCGGAUGCCACAAGAAGCGCGGCUGUAAAAGAAAUAUUUGCCAGCAAAGGACGACCGGCAGACAACCCGUUGAUCGUUCAUAUACAUUCGCUGCCCCAGUUACGAGCGCUGUUGCUGGGUAAACUUGACUUUGUAGGCGACGGAAAAGAUGCUGGAAAAGAUCCUAUACCAGAAAUUUACAGGCCGGUGAUUGAGCGCUUCUGGCCUGGACCGCUCACCAUCAUAUUGCCGGCUCCUGAAAACUCGAUCCUCGCACCAGAAGUCACAGCAGGUCUUACUACCUUUGGCGCACGAAUGCCACGCUCUAUCAUCGCCUUGUCCCUUUUGCGGUUAUGUGGUCGCCCACUUGCUGCACCCUCCGCAAAUGCGUCCACGCGACCUUCGCCGACCGCUGCGGAACAUGUCUACGAUGACCUCAACGGGAAACUCAAUCUGAUAAUUGAUGGUGGGCCAUGCGAAGUAGGUGUAGAGAGUACGGUCAUAGACGGACUGUCAAGUCCGCCUGCAAUACUGCGGCCGGGUGGUGUCACGGUAGAGCAGUUGCGACAAUGUCCUGGGUGGGAGAACGUAGUCGUUGGGUACAAAGACAAGCAAGCGGAAGAUUCGAGCAGACCACGCGCACCUGGAAUGAAGUACAGGCACUACAGUCCGAAAGCGUCGGUGCUGUUAUUUGAGGCAGGUGCAAGUCAACCCACAUCUGACGAGCUGAAGAGUAAGAGACGCAUUGGUAUUAUUCGGACCAAGAGCUGGGGUCGUGUGCUGGGUACAAGCGCUGAGAAGGUGAAGACAUCGGAUGCGAGUGGUCCGGUACUCUGUGGUCCAUUGGGCACAGUAUCUUUAGAUGUCAAUGACUCGUCGUCGCGCCUUUCAAAUCUCCUGCGAUCCGUCGCUCAACACCAAAUACCGCAUGCAGAUCAUUAUGUCGUCAAGCCCGAAGCUGUUCAGGUGUGGGAAAUCAAUCUUGGCGCAAAAACAGAAGACGUUGCAAGAGGCUUGUUCUCGGCGCUGAGAGAGCUCGAUAAAAAAGGCGUAGAAACCAUCUUUGUGGAGGGUAUUGACGAUAGAACAGGUGAUGACAUUGCGGCAGCAGUCAUGAACCGACUCAGGAAGGCUGCUGAGAUCAGGACGUGA